AUGGCCGUUGACCGGUGGCUAUUGCUAGGCCGACUAAAGAGGGCCGUGAAGAAGAUCAAAAUCUUGCUCGAUUUCAACGUAAACCGAUUGAAACUAGCUUCGAUAAUCGGGAGCUCGUCUAGCAAGACGCGGCUAAGCUUUACGAGCCGGCCUAGUUUAACGGCUUGUGUUGAGGAUUUCGAAUUGGUUCACGAGCUGGGCUCGACUAGGAGCUUCCACCGGACUAUAAGCUACCCGUCGGAGGACGAUGUAGACAAGAAGGCCGACGCAUUUAUCGCCAAUUUCUAUAAGCAGCUGCAUAUUGAGAGGCAAAUUUCGUUGGAGCUUAAGUACCUUAGAGGGAACAGCUUUGAUUCUGCAAAAUCUACAUGA